AUGAGUCCCUCACUGUCAGACACCUCCAUCCUCAGUUUUCCAUUCUUGGCGACCCGCUAUUUACAUCCUCGGUAUCGCCAAGAACCAAGCUGGAGUUAUCGACAAGCGGUCACAAACACCUUCCUCAAAAUCGGACUCUGGAAAUUCUCUACGUCCCAAUUCAGGCCGACCCUGUCCCUGAAGCCCGGCCUAGAACGCGACCGGUUCGUGCUGGUCGAUCCCGCCAGACCGGAACUCUACACCGGCGUCGCCGUCGACAAGGAGGUCAAGCCUGAGACGAUCGGCGGAACCUGGUAUCCCAAGCGCUUUUCCUCCGACACCAUCAUCCCCGAGGACCAGCAUGUUGUCCUCCACUUCCACGGCGGGUCCUACAUACUCGGCGACGGUCGCACCGCAUCCAGCAACUUCCUGGCAAAGACAUUCCUGAACAACACGUCUGCGCUCUACAUCUUUUGCCCCCAGUACAGACUAGCCGGUUCCCCGACGGGCCGAUUUCCAGCACAGCUUCAAGAUGCCAUCGCUUCCUACUCGUACCUCGUCCACAUGCUCCGGAUCCCGGCAUCACAGGUUGUUCUAAGCGGCGAUAGCUCAGGGGCGCACCUUGUAUUGGGGCUUCUACGAUACAUUUUCCAGUUGGAAAAUCCAUUACUUCUCCCUCCGCCGAUCUGCAGCUGGGCAUUUUCACCCUGGUGCGAUGUGCCUGCGGCUCUCGAUAAAGAAUCCUGGCACCGAGACCCGAAUUACAAGACCGACUACAUUCCCUCCGAGUUUCCUGCUUGGGGCGCGAAGAAUUAUCUCAAGAACCUGGAGAUUACCCGUCCCAUCGAUGAACAAGUUGCUCCGAUCCGACAUCCAUUCCCGUUGCCGUCGCCGGUUCUCAUUGUUACUGGUGGCAAGGAAAUUCUGUUCCAGCAGCACUUGCAGCUUGCACAAUCGUUUUUAAAACUGCCGGAGAAUCGGGAUUCUGUCGAGCUCUACUCGGAAGAAAGGGUUCCUCAUGAUAUUUUGGUCAUUGGCUGGAUGAUGAAUUUCCGCCACGAGGCGCGGAAAAGUGCCAGGAGAGCUGGCGAUUUCCUUCUUCAUACGCAGAAAAAAUAG